AUGCGAUUGUUAGUGGCUUCGGUCACAUUUCUCCUGCUCGCCUGCCGAGUGCAGGCAGCGGCUGUCUUUGCUCAUUUCAUGGUGACGAACUCGGCCAACUAUACCUCUAGUGACUGGGAAAAUGACAUGAAAUUAGCGCAAGAUGCGCAUAUUGAUGCCUUUGCCUUGAAUAUGGCUUACAGUGACCCGACAAACAUGAAAGCUCUCCCUGCUGCCUUUGCGGUGGCAGAUUCUGUCGGCUUCAAACUUUUCUUCUCGUUUGAUUAUGCCGGCAAUGGAGACUGGCCGAGGAACGAUGUCAUCGACUUAAUCAACCAGUACAGCACUCAUUCAUCGUACUUCUUCUACAACGAAAAAGCCUUUGUUUCCACAUUCGAGGGACCAGAUCGAGCUAAUGACUGGCCUUUGAUCAAACUUGCUACCGACUGCUUCUUUAUUCCGAGUUGGUCCUCCCUUGGAGCUGAGCCCGCCGUGCAGACAGGUGUCGUGGAUGGUCUCUUUAGCUGGGCUGGCUGGCCUUGGGGCAAUGAAGAUAUGAACACCUAUAUCGAUGCAUCCUACAUCCAGUACCUGGCUGGGAUGCCGUACAUGAUGCCAGUUUCACCUUGGUUUUUCACCAACUUGCCGGGCUACAAGAAAAACUGGAUGUGGCGAGGCGACCAUCUUUGGCAUGACCGCUGGCAGGAGGUGCUUUAUGUGCAGCCCGAGUUUGUUGAAAUCAUCUCAUGGAACGAUUAUGGCGAGUCGCACUAUAUCGGACCCUUAUAUGACAAAGCUAUGGAAGCAUUUGAGAUUGGCCAGGCCCCUUUUAACUACGUAACUGAUAUGGCUCACGAUGGUUGGCGAGCUACUCUACCCUACUGGAUCGAUAUGUAUAAAAAGGGAUCGGCAGAGGUGACUCAGGAGAGUAUUAUUGCCUGGUAUCGACUGGCUCCUGCAGCGGCUUGCGGCAGUGGAGGCACCAGUGGCAACACUGCCUCCCAGUUGCAGAUUGAAUUCCCUCCGGCAGAAAUGGCUCAAGAUCGAAUCUUCUUCUCCGCUGUUCUGGGUUCUUUCUCUAAUGCCGUGGUCUCAAUUGGAGGAGAUGCCCAGACAGUAGGCUGGUCAUUUGUUCCAGGCGAUGAUGUUGGUGUCUACCAUGGUAGUGUCGCCUUUGGUGGUCGGACUGGACCAGUCACCGUGUCUUUGAUGCGCGAUAAUGUUGUGAUCGCCACGAUUGAGGGCAAAGCCAUCUCUGGAAGCUGCACGAAUGGCAUCCAGAACUGGAAUGCCUGGGUAGGUAGUGCGACGACAGGGAGCGCAGUGUCGGCCAGAACAAGUAUCCUGCUUUCCGAGCAAAAGUGUAUAAACGGGACUGGCGCUUACAACUUCGCGGGUCUCUGUGAGUUCGCUUGCACAUAUGGCUACUGUCCCCUAGGAGCUUGCACCUGCACAGAAAUGGGACUCGGCUAUGAAAAGCCGAAUUCGACCGGCGUGCUAGGAUAUCCGAUCGCAGGAGAAGGUGCGAGCUACAGUGGACUUUGCAGCUUUGAUUGCAAUCUCGGAUUCUGUCCUCCCUCGGCAUGUGGUACCGCGGAUGUCCCCCUCUCAACGCCCUCUGUCUCACCAUUCUUACCUCCGGCAUGCACCGCGGGAACUGGCACAGGCAAUCUGGCUGGCCUCUGUGACUUCAGCUGUACUCAUGGCUUCUGCCCGAUGAACGCUUGCACGUGUACAGGGCAAGGCGCAGUGAAUGUCAUGAACCCCACGACCGACGUCACUGGUGAAGCUGCCCCCGGGCAAGACCCAGCCGUCUAUGGUCCUCUGUGUGAAUACACCUGUCAGCGCGGGUACUGUCCCGAAGGCGCCUGUGUAUCGCAUGCUGGUGGUAGUGACGGCACGGAUGAUCUUUAUGUUGCCGCGUCUGUUGCCGAUUCAAAAUCGGGUUCUAACAUUGUCACUGGUAUUGCUCCGCUAAAUAUCAUUGUCGCCCCCUCCACCCUGACUACCACGACUACAUUCUUUAUCGGAUCCCUGGUGACUCCACUCGAGGUGGCCUGGACUACAACCAAGACUGUGACUAUUUCUGGACAGCCUACCGUCACUACUACAGUGACUCGCACUGUGCAGACUACGACCUUUACUAUACCUGAUAUCACGACCACCCACAUUCCAUGGUGGAAUUGGAAUAUCACCGGAACCGACGUCACACAAGCUUCCACAACACUGUUUCCUAGUUUUGCACUAGGCCCAAUCGUGUUCGGCGACAGUCCAAACCCCCAGGAUAUCCCAGGUGAAAGCUUUAUCUCACAUACCGUGACAGCCAACCGCGGUCCCCCAGGUCCUACCUGCACGUCUGGCUGUGGAACCAAGUGUACCUCCUUCUGUGAAACACCAUGCUUGCUCAACUGCGACGAUCCCAAGGCUAUUGAAAGCUGGGAGGACCCAGCGGAUCCUGAUCCUCCUACUAGCCAUUCCAAGUGCUCAGGCUCUGACUGUGAUGACGAUGGUGAUUGCACUGGCCCAUACUGUGUUAAGAAGGGCUGCACCGGCACCGACUGUGAUACUGAAGACCAUGUCUGCCUUGGCACCAACUGUGAAGGUUGCGCGUCCGAAGAUGAUGACUGCGAAGCUGUCGAGGCUGAUGUUUGUACUGAAACCAUCUACUCCUCUAUAGUGACUCCUUCCUCAACCUACACCACUAAAACCUCCACCAGUUGCGAAACUAUCACCGCCUGUGAUGCUGAGGCUUCUACAACCACCACGACCAUCUCAAGCGAAUCUGCAUACGUGAUUGUGACUAUAGCUCCUUACCCCGAUUAUACAGUCAUGAAUGAUGCGGAAGCGACUAGUUUCGCUGAGUCUAUGGAAGAGAUGUUUGAAUCGAUUUGGUCGGAUGACACCACCGGUACUGAGUCAGCCUCUUCUACAAGUACUUCCACCACUUCAUCGUCGACGCGCAGUACAACAAAGACGAGCAGUACAACAAGCUCAAGAACUACUAGUACUAGUAGCGCUGCCAGCUCUACCGAUCCCACCGCGGUCGACGUCACCCCGACAGAGUUCAAGGACGACAACGAUUUUGACGUUGAAUACGACAUGAAUCUAUAUACCACUUCCAACUGCGGAGAGUGGUAUAACGACGACGGAAUAUCAGCAGCAAAUAUCUGUUACCAUUUCGCAAGCAAGGUUGCUUCUUUCUAUCCUGUUUUUGACGAUACUAAACUCUGGAUUGGAGCAUUUGUCGGAGACUCUUGCCCCUCGACCGGGUCUUCACAGGAUGGAUUUAUAACGCUCAAGUCGCGCACAUGUUACAACAUCAAUACGAGUGGUGAAAGUUCGGAAGGUUUAGGCAUGACAGGUUAUAAAGCUAUUGAUGCUUAA